CUUUGCCCUUCAACUUUUAUGUGUGUGUCACGAACGAGUGGGGUGCCUUUCUUUGUUUUGGACUUCCUCACCCCACAUUGUCCCUCACCGUUGAUUAACACAACCCCGACAACCCUCUCUGUUCUUCCUGCUCUCAAACACAGCAAGCUCCACCCUGUGCUCUUAUUUCCUGGUUCCCUCCCCUUCAGAUCUACAGUUUGAAGAUGGGUGGAACCAACAUGUGGUGAAGUGCAAGAGCUGACAGGCCCCGUUCACUGCAGAGACACAUGUUGUUCCGAUCAGAGCUCAAACUAGUUUCAGUUCUUAGAAAGUGAAACUCAGACAGUCGUUGACACUGAGAGGUGACAUGGCGCAGAAAGGAGUUCAGCUGGACCGGGAAAUCUUGUCUUGUUCGAUCUGUCUGGAUCUACUGAAGGAUCCAGUGACUAUUCCCUGUGGACACAGCUACUGCAUGAACUGUAUUAAAACCCACUGGGAUGAAGGGGAUGAGAAGAAAAUCCACAGCUGCCCUCAGUGUAGGCAGACCUUCACACCGAGGCCUGUCCUGGUGAAAAACACCAUGUUAGCAGUUUUAGUGGAGGAGCUGAAGAAGACUGGACUCCAAGCUGCUCCUGCUGAUCACUGCUAUGCUGGACCUGAAGAUGUGGCCUGUGAUGUCUGCACUGGGAGAAAACUGAAAGCCUUCAAAUCCUGUUUGAUGUGUUUGGCUUCUUACUGUGAGAAACAUCUGCAACCUCAUUAUGAUGUAGCUCCAUUAAAGAAACACAAGCUGGUGGAGCCCUCCAAGAAGCUCCAGGAGAACAUCUGCUCUCGUCAUGAUGAGGUGAUGAAGAUUUUCUGCCGCACUGAUCAGCAGUGUAUCUGUUAUCUCUGCUCUGUGGAUGAACAUAAAGGCCACGACACAGUCUCAGCUGCAGCAGAAAGGACUGAGAGGCAGAGAGAGCUCCAGCUGAGUCGACAACAAAUCCAGCAGAGAAUCCAGGACAGAGAGAAAGAUGUGAAGGUGCUUCAACAGGAGGUGAAGGCUAUCAAUGGCUCUGCUGAUAAAGCAGUGGAGGACAGUGAGAAGAUCUUCACUGAGCUGAUCCGUCUCAUGGAGAAAAGAAGCUCUGAUGUGAAGCAGCAGAUCAGAUCCCAGCAGAAAACUGAAGUGAAACGAGUCAAAGAGCUUGAGGAGAAGCUGGAGCAGGAGAUCACUGAGCUGAAGAGGAACGACGCUGAGCUGAUGCAGCUCUCACACACAGAGGAUCACAACCAGUUUCUACACAACUACCCCUCACUGUCACGACUCAGUGAAUCUACUGACUCAUCCAGCAUCAAUAUCCGUCCUCUGAGCUACUUUGAGGAUGUGACAGCAGCUGUGUCACAGCUCAGAGAUAAACUACAAGAGAUUCUGAGAGACACAUGGACAAACAUCUCACUGACAGUGACUGAAGUGGAUGUUUCACUGUCACAACCAGAGCCCAGGACCAGAGCUGACUUCUUAAAAUAUUCACAGGAAAUCACACUGGAUCCAAACACAGCAAACAAACAUUUGUUAUUAUCUGAGGGAAACAGAAAAGCAACACGUAGUCGAAAACAGUCUUAUUCUAGUCACCCAGACAGAUUCACUUCAUGGUCUCAGGUCCUGAGUAGAGAGAGUCUGGCUGCACGUUGUUACUGGGAGGUGGAGAGGAGAGGAGGAGUUUAUGUAGCAGUCGCAUACAAGAAUAUCAGCAGAGCAGGGAACCCGGAAGAAUGUGGAUUUGGAUACAAUGACAAAUCUUGGGCGUUAUACUGUGAUCAAAACAGAUAUACAUUUUGGUACAACAAUAUCAGAACUCCAGUCUCAGGUCCUCAGUCCUCCAGAGUAGGAGUUUACCUGGAUCACAGAGCAGGUGUUCUGUCCUUCUACAGCGUCUCUGAAACCAGGACUCUCAUCCACAGAGUCCAGACCACAUUCACUCAGCCUCUCUACGCUGGACUACGGAUUUACUCUGAUUAUGGAGACACAGCUGAGUUCUGUAAACUCAAAUAGACAAAGGACAUUUAAAUUUCAGUUGGUUAAAAUCUGUAUUUUAAUUCAUCAGUUUAUGUGAACUUCCAUCAUCGAUGCUAAAAGCUCAUUGCUGUUUCUGCACUCCACACAGAUCACCUGUCAAUCAAACAUUAUGGGAGGGGCUUUGACCUCUUCUCAUCUAUUGUUGUGUUGAUGUUUGAGUUUCUUUAGGUGGAGCUGGAGCCAUGGAGGAUAUCACUGCUCAGGAUGAUUUUUCUUCACCUAAACUCACAUUUCUCCACAUGAAAAUAUAGACUUCUAUUUGCUCUAAAUGUUUUUGUUGAAUAUUUGUGUUGAUGUAAUUGGAUGUUGUUGUUUGGGCCUUAACAGAGAAAUUGUCAGACCUUCCUUUAUCAAACAUAUUUUGUUGUCACUUUGUAAAGAACGAAAUCUAUAAUUACAUUUACAUUCAUGUGUUUGUCAGACAAGAUGUUCUUGUUUUUCGAAAUUACAAAUAAGGUCUAUCAGGUUUUAUCAAACUGUGUUUAUCAUGAUAAUAAUCAAUGAGGAGAUGAUUCAUUAUUUUCUUUUCCAUAUCUGAGAUUCAGGUGAAACAAACUGAUUGUGUGGAUGAAGUGAAUCUGCUCCUGAAAUCACUGAACAAGAGUCAUUUAACAGACUUUACUGACUCAAUGUGAACAAACUGAAGAUCUACAUCAUGAAUAAAACUGUUUUUCCUAAAGAAUAAAUCAAAUAUUUUCUUCUGUCUUCAUUCCAGGAUCUGAUUCAAAGCUGAUGGAGAAAAUGUGAAACUAAUAUGAGAGUAUAACUGAGACAGUUUUCCUCCUGAAACACCACAAAGUACAGAGUUCAUGUUCAGAGCAGAAGAAGACGUGUCAGUCAGUCUCUGUCCUUUCAGCUUCCUUCACUAAAACAACUGUCACAGAGAAAUGAGUCGAGUUUUCUUUCAGCUGUUGCUUCAAAAACUGGAAAAAUGUUCAGAAUGAAUUUGGUCAAGUUUUAGUGUGAAGAAGUUUAGUGGAGUCCUGACACACUCGAGACGAGAGAUGUUGUGUCGUUGGACUAGAGGUGGUUUUAUUAUUGUGAGGAUAAUUUUCAUGAAGAAGAAAGUUCAGAAUGAGGCUGUCAUGUUGGUUCAGUGUUGAGCUCUGUCUCCUCUGGAGAUCUCACAUGGUCAAUAGACAGUUUUAAUGCAGUGCUUUUAAUGAACGUAGCAAGAGACAGAAAGACACAGAGUCCUGCUUUGAUUGGAGCAUUAUUGUGAUUUAAUUCACUAUGUCUUAUAUCACAAAGAAAGUCUUUAAAAAUGCAGACUAGAAUUUCUGUAUAUAAACUGUACACAAAAAGCAAGGCACUAUACAUUCAGAUUGAAGCUGCUGCUUCUCCUCUCUUCAUAGUGGAACCUUUAAAUUACAGCUCUUCUCUCUGCUACGAGGAGCUCAGUCAGUCAGAGUCACGUCAGCAGUUCAACACAGUGGAGCAACAUGAGUUACCUACGUGGCCUGACAGCAUCCAGACACUGUAGACAAAACAGAAGACGGCUUUCCUCACAACAUCUGACGUGACAGGAUUUUUUUUUUUUUACA